AUGGCCGCCAGGACAAUGUUCGAAAAAAUUUGGGAUGCCCACGUGGUUCACGAGGAAUCCGGGCAGCCUUCCCUGAUCUACGUUGACCUUCACCUGGUGCACGAAGUUACCUCCCCGCAGGCAUUCGAUGGCUUGCGGCUGGCCGGGCGUCCGGUGCGCCGCCCCGACCUCACCGUCGCCACCGCCGACCACAACACGCCGACCUGGGAGCUGACCCGCCCCAUCGAAGACCAGAUUUCCAAAGCGCAGCUGGAUGCCCUGGAUCGCAACGCCGCCGAGUUUGGCUUACCCUACUAUUACGACCGCUUCAGUGAGAAUCAGGGCAUCGUCCACGUGAUCGGCCCUGACCUGGGCUACACCCUUCCCGGCAAGACGGUAGUAUGCGGAGACAGCCAUACCUCCACUCACGGUGCGCUGGGCUGUUUUGCGGUCGGCAUCGGCACGUCGGAAGUUGAACACGUGCUGGCCACGCAAACGCUCCGCCAGACCAAACCGCAGACCAUGGAAAUCCGCAUUGAUGGCCCGCUGCCCAGCGGGGUGUCCGCCAAAGACGUCAUACUCGGUAUCAUCGGGCGUAUCGGCGUCAACGGCGGCACCGGCCACGUGAUCGAGUACACCGGCGAAGCCAUCCGUGGCCUGUCGAUGGACGGACGCAUGACGGUGUGCAACAUGAGCAUCGAGGCCGGCGCCCGCGCCGGCAUGAUUGCUCCCGAUGAAACCACAUUUGAGUACGUCCGCACGCGUCCCUACGCUCCCAAGGGCGCCGAACUGGAAGCGAAGAUUGAAGAAUGGCGCGGCCUCGCCACCGACCCGGGCGCCACCUACGACAAGACGGUCAUCAUCCCGGCAGUUGAAUUGUCGCCUUUCGUGACCUGGGGGACCAAGCCCGACAUGGUGGUGCCAGUCACCGACCGCGUGCCCGACCCGGCGUCUUUCGGCUCGACUGCCGAACAGGAAGCUGCCGAACGCGCACUGGAAUACAUGGGUCUGGAAGCCAACCAGGCCAUCCAGGACAUCAAAAUCGACCGCGUGUUCCUGGGAGCCUGCACCAAUGCCCGCAUCGACGACUUGCGCGCCGCCGCCAGCGUCAUCAAGGGCCGUCAGGUCAGUGCCGACGUUUACGCCAUGGUCGUCCCCGGCUCCGCCCGCGUCAAGAUGCAGGCAGAAGCGGAGGGACUUGAUCAGGUGUUCAUCGACGCCGGGUUCGACUGGCGUGUGGCCGGGUGCUCCAUGUGCCUCGGCAUGAACCCGGACAUCCUGGAGCCAGGCCAGCGCUGCGCCUCCACAUCGAAUCGCAACUUCGAAGGAGGCCGCCAGGCAAGGUGA